UUGUGUCACGUCACGUAUUGUUUACAAUUCAGCCUUUAGUAAGAACAAAGUAGUUGGAUGACUCGCACGUACUUUAAUUUUUUACUUUGAAAUAAGUUUGUUGUGUAGUUUUAAACCUGAAAUAGUUGUGUGUUCUUGUCUCUAUUGGAAGAAUUUGUUACUUAUAUCGUAAAAUUUAUAGAAUGUGCCAUCCUAAACAGUGUAAUUAAUAAAUUAUGUGAUCUGUGGUAUUCUGCACGAGCCUGGGCCGAGUGCAGCGCAUCGGCAUUCGCAGUUUAAUUUAAUAAGAGUAAUGUUUGUCCAUUCUUCUUAUGUAAAGGAGCAAUCAGCACGCUUCCAAACCUGCUGGCAAAGUGCGCAACACUAUGCAGGUUUCGAAUCAGGCAGUUGUCAGUGCGCCAUUGAUUCACACGCGCUGGGACCGCCAAAAAGUAUGGAGAUGAAGUUCGAGGAAGAUGUGGAGAACUACCGAUAUUGGACAACAAUGAAAGUGCGGCCGAAGUUGAAGACUCGGCUACCACAAUCUCUUGUACCAAGUGAAGAUACCAAUUUCAACUGUUCAUCAAGAAAUUAUUGAACUUCGACCCAGCACAUCUUCAACAGCUUCCUCAUCCCUUCAUUCACUUUGUAAAAAUCCAUUCACUACAAAAGCCAGCAAAGGAGUACAAAUGAAACCACAUCAGAUAGAACUACUUAAUGCACCAUUUCUAAAAAGAAGAAAAACCUUUAUACCUUUAUCUGAAACCUUUAUCUGAAGUUGAUGAGAUGAAAGAAAUGGUGUUGCCUUCAACACAAGGAAGUUCUACUUCUAUGGAAAUGUCAGAAAUCUCAUCAGAAAUCAACACUAAAACUAAUUCAGACACGGAGAACCUUUAUGCUUGACCUUAUUAAAAAAAAAACACAAAAUUAUAUAGGCUUACCAAAGAAUUAUAAUUGGUUAAUUAGUUAUUUAGAAAGUAAUCUCAAUAUAAAAUCUAUAGAUAUAAUAGUAACUUUGUAUAAGAUUAAAAAUAAUACCCCUUUCUACCAAAUCUCGGACUUUUUUGAGAUAUCAUUAACCACAUUAUGGAGAAUAUUUUUCAGAACUUUGUGUGUUCUAUCCAAACUCUUCUCACAAUUUAUUUUUUCGUCUAAAGUCUAUGAUGUCAAAAGAAACUUACCAAUCUCCUUCAGGACCAACAAAGACUACUCAAAUGUAUAUUGCAUUAUUGACUGCUUUGAAAUAGAAAUUGAAAAACCUUCAAAUCCUAUUACCCAGACUCUAACUUGGUCACAGUAUAAAAAACGCUAAUACGUUAAAAUAUUUAAUAUCUACAACACCUGAAGGUUUUAUCAACUUUGCGUCUGUUGGUUUUGGGGGUCGUGUAUCUGAUGCCAAUAUUGUAGACAACAGCGGUUUUCUGGAUGUGCUACCACCAAAAUGUACUGUAUUGGCAGACAGAGGAUUUAAGCACGUGGACGCAUUGCUAAGUAGAAAUCAAAAUAAUCUACUUCGGCCGCCCAGUGUUGCAAAAGAUCAAAAAUUUACAAAACAGGAUGCUAUCAAAAGCAAGGUCAUUGCCAGUCUGCGUAUUCGUGUUGAGAGGGUGAUAAGGAGAGUAAGGCUAUUCAAAUUGUUAAAACCACACUCUGUACUAAAUAAUAAAUUAAUUCAACAUUGUGAUGAUGCAGUCAUUGUAGCAUGCGGGUUGAUAAAUCUACUUAGUCCUAUUAUUAAAAAUGAAUAAAAUGAUGUUUAUAUAAUGCCUUACUUCUUAUCUCGUAUCAUGAGAGUAGGUAUUUCACAAUCCUCCCGCCCCGAGACCCUCAAGGAAGAGAAGGAUCGCAAUGAAUGAGGUAAUGAUGAAAAACUGUGUGUACUUUAUAUAAGCAGUGUCAUAAUUUGCACCUCUGCCUACCCCUUCGGGGAUAAAAAAGGCUAUAUAGCAUAGUUUUAAUAUCUAUUUUUGUCUGUAAAUUGUAUUUUGAUUGAUUAAACCAUUGUAGACUACCCAAAAAAAAUAAA